UCAUCUCAAUUCGCAAAUCACGACCGAGGUCUGGCUAGUUGAGAUGCUGGUUAGUCUGACGGUGCAAGCGGCGCUUGCCCUCUGCUUUAUCUACUAUCUGUACAGCAUCAUACAUGCGGUAUACUUUCAUCCACUACGACGGAUCCCCGGCCCAAAAUGGUGGAUUGUCUUCCCCGUUCUCCGGCACUUAUCCGCCAUUCGGGGCCUGGUCGACCUAGACAUCCCCCGGUUUCAUCUCAAGUACGGCCCUAUCGUGCGCUUCGGGCGGGACGAAGUCUCGUUCAUUGACCCCGAAGCGUGGAAGGAUAUCUACGGUCACAACAACAAGUAUGGCCAGUUGCCAAAAGUCAAAAACUCGGCCAGCAACCCGCUGGAUAUCGUCAGCUCCAAUGAUGUUGACCACAGCCGUUACCGCAAGUCGCUUUCGCAUGCAUUCUCUGCCAAAGGAUUGCAGACCCAGGAACCGUACAUCAACAAUUAUGUGGACCAACUGCUCGCCCGACUGAAAGAUGUGGCGCAUUCUCAGACAUCCACAGACAUGAGCAAAUGGUACGAGUUGACGACCUUCGACAUCGUCGGCGAUCUCGCCUUCGGGGAGCCGUUCGGGGGUUUGGUAAGCUCCGAAUAUCACGACACAGUGAAAACCAUCUUCGAGUCGAUCAAGCUCUUUCCCUUUGUUAAGAUGCGCGACGAUUACCCAAUCCUCUUCAGCUUUAUCUCGCUCAUGAUACCGCAACGGCUUCUGGAAGCCCAGAGACAGCAGAACGCUCAUACUCGUGCUGCAGUGAUAAAACGCUUAGCGAACACCUCGGCCUACAACCGCGGCGAUUUUAUGGAUUCAAUGACACGGAACCGCAGUGACAAGGAUGGUCUUACCGACGAUGAGCUUGUCGCUAAUGCGAACAUUCUUAUUGUCGCCGGCAGUGAGACAACUGCUACCCUCCUCGCAGGUGUCACCUACUUCCUUCUCCGGAACCCAGAGACGCUUAGGAAAGUGGUUACCGAGGUGCGUUCCGUUGUGCAAACCGAAUCGGACAUCACUCCUACCUCCGCCAGCGCCAACCACUGUCCCUACAUGUGGGCUUGUAUCCAGGAAGCGUUCCGACUCUACCCACCCGUCCCAACAGGACUGCAACGCAUAACCCUCGAGUCAAUGUUUAUCGCGGGACAUGAAAUUCCACCAGGCACAAAAGUAUCAGUUCACCCACUAGGUGCCUCGUGGUCACCGGUGAAUUUUCACGCGCCGGAGCGCUUCCUUCCAGAGCGAUGGCUGCCGGAAGCAAGAAUUGAUCCAACUUCGCCAUUCUUCCUUGAUAAACGGGAUGUUGUGCAGCCAUUUUCUGUGGGCCCACGCAACUGUAUUGGCCGAAAUGUGGCCUACAUUGAGAUGCGCUUAAUUCUGACCCGCCUCUUAUGGAACUUUGACAUCGAGCUCUGUGAGGAGUCUUCGGCCUGGUAUAACCAGACG